CUCUCUCCUCCUCUCUCAGCAAAAGACACUUCCCUCUGUGUCUCUCGCCUUCUCUCUCUGCGAUCGAUUCUAAAACCCUAACCCUAAUUCUCUCCGAUUCUCUGAUUCUUCUUUCAGAUCUCUGUUUCUCCCUCGGAAACACCUCGAAUCCCUACGAUGGCUACUAAACUUCCGUUACAGAGCAGCAACAAUGUCAACGUCGCGGGGCGUGGAGGGAAGACGAUCGAGGAGAUGUACCAGAAGAAAUCCCAGCUCGAGCACAUCUUGCUCCGGCCGGACACAUACGUUGGAUCCAUCGAGAAGCAUACUCAGACGCUCUGGGUUUACGAGAAUGAUGAGAUGGUUCACCGAGCUGUGACUUAUGUUCCUGGUUUGUACAAGAUCUUCGACGAGAUCCUUGUCAAUGCUGCGGACAACAAGCAGAGGGAUCCGUCGAUGGAUUCGAUUAAGGUGGUGAUCGAUGUGGAGCAGAAUCUGAUCAGUGUCUACAACAAUGGAGAUGGAGUUCCCGUUGAGAUUCACCAGGAGGAAGGUGUUUAUGUGCCUGAGAUGAUUUUUGGGCAUUUGCUGACGAGUAGUAACUAUGACGAUACAGUUAAAAAGACCACUGGUGGAAGAAACGGGUAUGGCGCCAAGCUUACUAACAUCUUCUCUACGGAGUUCAUCAUCGAGACUGCGGAUGGGAAAAGGCAAAAGAAGUACAAGCAGGUGUUUUCGAACAAUAUGGGGAAGAAGUCUGAACCCACCAUAACCAAGUGUAAAGAGGGUGAUAAUUGGACAAAGGUCUCGUUCAAGCCCGACUUGGCAAAGUUCAACAUGGCUCAUUUAGAGGAUGAUGCGGUCGCGUUAAUGAGCAAACGUGUUUUCGACUUAGCUGGAUGCUUGGGAAAGUCUGUGAAGGUUGAGCUUAACGGCAAACGGAUUCCUGUGAAAUCAUUCAAUGAUUAUGUAGAUCUCUACCUUCGUGCAGCAAACAAAUCGCGAUCGGAGCCCCUCCCAAGGAUUUCAGAGAAAGUUAAUGACAGAUGGGAGGUCUGCGUAAGCUUAAGUGAGGGACAAUUUCAACAGGUCAGCUUUGUUAACUCAAUAGCUACAAUCAAGGGUGGAACACAUGUUGAUUAUGUGACCAGUCAGAUCGCGAACUACAUUGUGGGUGUUGUCAACAAAAAAAACAAAAACGCUAAUGUUAAGGCCCAUAACGUGAAGAACCAUCUCUGGGUGUUUGUCAACGCCCUGAUUGACAAUCCUGCAUUUGAUUCUCAAACCAAGGAAACUUUGACUCUUCGACAGAGUAGUUUUGGCUCUAAAUGUGAACUUUCUGAUGACGUGCUGAAGAAAGUGGCUAAGUCUGGUGUAGUGGAUAAUUUACUUUCAUGGGCAACUUUCAAGCAGAGCAAAGAGCUUAAGAAAAGUGAUGGAGCCAAGACUGAAAAAGUUCAAGUUGAGAAGUUAGAGGAUGCAAAUGAAGCUGGAGGGAGGAACUCCCACAGAUGUACCUUGAUCUUGACAGAAGGAGAUUCAGCUAAAGCUCUAGCUAUGUCUGGGCUUUCUGUUGUGGGUCGCGACUAUUAUGGUGUGUUUCCCCUUAGAGGUAAACUACUGAACGUGAGGGAAGCCAGCACCACUCAGAUUACUAAUAACAAGGAAAUUGAGAACAUCAAGAAGAUUCUUGGACUGAAGCAACACAUGAAAUAUGAAAGUGUUAGCUCACUGAGAUAUGGUCAUUUGAUGAUCAUGACCGAUCAGGAUCAUGAUGGUUCCCAUAUCAAGGGCCUUUUAAUUAAUUUCAUUCACUCGUUCUGGCCAACAUUACUGAAAGUUCCAUCUUUCUUGGUUGAGUUUAUAACUCCUAUUAUAAAGGCUACUCACAGGAGCGGAAGAGUGUUGUCAUUUUACUCCAUGCCUGAGUAUGAAGCCUGGAAAGAAGGCCUGAGGGGUAAUGCGAGUGGAUGGUCCAUCAAAUACUAUAAGGGGUUGGGUACAAGUACAUCUAAGGAGGGCAAGGAAUACUUUUCUAAUCUUGACCUUCACAAGAAGGAUUUUGUCUGGGAAACUGAACAAGAUGGGGAGGCUAUUGAGCUUGCAUUCAGUAAAAAGAAGAUAGAGGCCCGGAAACACUGGCUUUUGAACUUUGAGCCUGGCACUCAUCUGGAUCAGAAGGAGAAGCGAAUUAAGUACAGUGACUUUGUCAACAAAGAACUUAUCUUGUUCUCCAUGGCUGAUCUUCAAAGAUCAAUUCCGUCGAUGGUUGAUGGGCUUAAGCCAGGUCAAAGGAAAAUCCUUUUCUGCUCAUUCAAGAGAAACUUCAUCAAAGAAGCCAAGGUAGCCCAGUUCUCUGGUUAUGUAUCGGAGCAUUCUGCUUAUCAUCAUGGUGAGCAGAGUCUUGCCAAUACCAUCAUAGGUAUGGCUCAAGAUUAUGUUGGCAGCAACAACAUCAACCUCCUUCAACCAUCGGGUCAAUUUGGUACACGUACCUCGGGAGGAAAAGAUGCAGCCAGUGCAAGAUACAUUUUCACUAAGCUCUCACCCAUCACAAGAGUACUGUUUCCAAAGGAUGAUGACGUUCUUCUUAAUUACUUGAAUGAAGAUGGGCAAUCCAUUGAGCCAACUUGGUACAUGCCCAUCAUACCAACUGUUCUAGUCAAUGGCUGUGAGGGAAUCGGAACCGGGUGGAGUUCUUUCAUACCUAACUACAACCCAAGAGAAGUUGUUGCUAAUGUGAGACGUCUGCUGAACGGUGAGACUAUGGUGCCUAUGGAUCCUUGGUAUAGAGGUUUCAAGGGAACUAUCGAAAAAACUUCAACCAAAGAAAGUGGGGCCACCUACACAGUCACUGGAAUUAUCGAGGAGGUUGAUGACACGACUCUUCGCGUCAAGGAGCUGCCAAUAAGAAGGUGGACUGAUGACUACAGGGAAUUCUUGCGCUCAAUGAAGACAGAUUACGGCCCGUUCAUCCUGAACAUCAGGGAGUACAGUGAUGAUACAACUGUGGAUUUCGAGCUUAUACUUAGUGAGGAGAACAUGAUUGCCGCCCAACAAGAGGGCUUGGUGAAAAAAUUUAAACUCACCACCACGAUCAGCACCAGCAACAUGCAUCUCUUUGACCAAAAUGGUGUUAUAAAGAAAUACGAGACUCCAGAACAAAUCCUUGAGGAGUUCUUUGACCUCAGGCUGCAAUUUUACGAGAAACGAAAGAAAAUUCUGUUGGAGAAUCUUGAACUCGAGUUGCUGAAGUUGGAGAACAAGGUGAAGUUUAUCCUUGGAGUCGUCAGCGGAGAAAUCAUUGUGAGCAACAGAAAGAAAGCCGACCUUUUUCAGGAGUUGAGACAGAAAGGCUUCACGCCAUUCCCGAAGAAGGCUAAGCCUGUAGAAGCUGCAGUUGCCGGAGCAACUGACACAACAGAAGAAUCUGAAGAAAGCUCAGAACCGGCCGCAGCUCCGAGUUCCACUUUUGUACAGGGCUCUGACUACGACUAUCUAUUAUCAUUGGCCAUUGCCACAUUGACUCUGGAGAAGGUCCAGGAGUUAUGUGCAGAGAGGGAUAAAAUGAAUGAGGAAGUAGAAGACUUGAGGAAAGCGACUCCAAAGUCUCUCUGGCUCAAGGAUCUAGAUUCACUUGAAGUCGAACUCGACAAACUUGACAUGAGUGAUGCUCAAGCCGAGGAACAGAGGAAAGAAGCACAAGCCAAAAUCAGGUCUGGAGUUCCAGCAGCUGCAAAGGGUCGGAAACAGGCCCCGAGAAAACAAGCGCCAAAAAAGAACACGAAGAAAGCCAAUGAAUCAGAAGUAACCGAAGUGUCUGUUACGUCGAUGGACACAGAUAAUAGCGUAGCUGAGGUUGUGAAGCCGAAAGGAAGGCAAGGAGCAAAGAAGAAGGCAGCAGCUUCAAAGGAGGUCGAGGAUGACGAUGAUGACAUGAUGGAUCUAGCUCAAAGGCUUGCUAAAUACAACUUCGGUUCCUCAUCUGAUAUGUCAAGCAAUGCAGAAACCGAAUCGUCACGAGCUGAGCCAGCUGCUGAGGAAGAAGACGAUGUGGUAGAGGUGGUGGCUCCUGAACCGGCGAAACGAGGAAGAAAACCAGCGGCGAGCAAAGUCGGGAAGCCGCCAGCAGCACCGACAAAGAGAGGGCAAGCCAGUAAGCUGGCGAAACCCGUAGAGCCAUCGGGGACUUCCGGUUCCGUGUUGGGAAAGAUUGCAAAAAAUAGCAAGGAACUGGAGGGGACUGAGACUAAGAAAGAGGAUCUGACAGUGGUGGGAUCGGGUUCUUCGUCCGAGAACUCAAACUCUACUGGAAUGGUUGCGAAAGCGCGGCCUCAGAGGGUGAACAGGAAGCAGACGAGGUACGUUUUGAGCGAUUCCGAGAGCGAAGCUGGCGAUGAUUCCGACUUUGACCAGAUCGAAGACGAGGAUGAUGAGUAAAACUAUAAUAUUCUGUGUUCGAACGUUUCUGACUUGUGUUAAUGUUUUCACGUUACGAGUCAUUCUAAGUGUUUAGGGUUUGAUUGUUUGGUGUCGGGAAAAAAAAACAUUUAGAGUACGGAUUUUAUUGUGUUCAUAUGAUAUGGUCCACGUUUACAUGUCAUUGUGGUUUCAUCACAGUGAUGAAACAAAGGAGUCGGUUUAUCAUCA